UCUUCUGUUUUUUAUGGCAGGCGUUACACCAACUAGAUCUCUAUUACAUUCAUUAUCCAAUCAGAAAUCUAAAAAAGAUUCAAUUUUCACCGAUUCUAGAAUAACCCAAUUGAGUUUCGAUUCGAGAAGACGAACCAGAUUGGUCAAUGGCGUGUCGAUCAUAGGAGAGAAGUUUAUCAGAAAAACAGACCACGUGGACGGAAAACAGAGACGAUGGAAGGCGGUAAUAGUAAAGUGUACCGCCGACGGGAUGGAGGGUUCUCUUAUGUCGCCGGAAAGAAGAUUCGGACGUCGGACCUCCGUGCCGGAGAGGUACAAGGUGGUGGCACUAAUUGCUUGUGUCAUGUGUCUAUGUAAUGCAGAUAGAGUCGUCAUGUCAGUCGCCGUCGUUCCUUUAUCCGUUAAACAUGGCUGGAGUAGCUCUUUUCUUGGCAUUGUUCAAUCUUCGUUUCUAUGGGGAUACAUAUUCUCAUCGAUGAUUGGAGGAGCUUUAGUUGAUAAAUAUGGAGGAAAACGAGUAAUAGGAUGGGGAGUAGGUUUAUGGUCAUUAGCCACAUUGCUAACUCCUUUAGCUGCAGCCCAUUCAACCGCAUCCCUUUUAGUGGUUCGAGCUUUCUUCGGUCUAGCUGAAGGUGUGGCUCUUCCUUCCAUGAACACUCUUCUAUCUCGAUGGUUUCCUACUCACGAAAGAGCAACCGCGGUUGGAAUAUCAAUGGGUGGAUUUCAUAUGGGUAAUGUUUUUGGAUUAGGGUUAACCCCAAUUGCAAUGUCAUCUUCUAUUGGAAUUUCAGGCCCUUUCAUUUUAUUUGCAUCUCUUGGUUUGUUAUGGCUAUCAACAUGGGCUUACUCUGUUUCAAAUGAUCCAAAUCAUAGUCUUUCUAUUACAAAGUCAGAACUUCGCUUAAUUCGACAAGGAAAAUCAGAUGAUGCUAUGGUUAAUCGCGGAGAGCUUCCACCUUUGCGACUCCUUUUCUCGAAAUUACCCACUUGGGCUAUCAUAUUUGCCAAUAUUACCAACAAUUGGGGAUACUUUGUUCUUCUAUCAUGGAUGCCUGUUUACUUCAAAACUGUAUUUGAUGUGAAUCUAAAGCAAGCAGCUUGGUUUAGUGCUGUACCUUGGGCAACGAUGGCGGUUUCAGGAUAUGUGGCAGGAGUGGCGUCGGAUUUCAUGAUUGGAGAAGGGUAUUCAUUAACGUUGGUGAGAAAAGUGAUGCAGUCUGUUGGGUUCAUUGGACCAGGAGUAGCUUUACUCUGUUUGAACUAUGCAAAGACACCUACAAUGGCUUCUGUUAUGAUCACGGUUGCUCUGAGUUUGAGCGCUUUUAGCCAAGCCGGUUUUCUACUUAACAUGCAGGAUAUUGCUCCUCAAUAUGCAGGCUUACUUCAUGGAAUAUCGAAUUCGGCUGGAACAAUGGCAGCAAUAGUUAGCACGAUAGGGACCGGAUACUUUGUUCAGUGGCUUGGAUCUUUUCAAGCAUUUUUGUCACUCACAGCUGUUCUUUAUUUUCUUACUGCACUUUUCUGGAAUUUGUUUUCUACUGGAGAAAGAAUCUUUUAGCAUUUUUAUUUUCACACCAAAAAUAUUAACAUUUUUUUUUGUAAUGGAAAAUGG